GACCCAUUGACAUUCACGGACUUCCAGUGGAUGCCCGUUCCCUCGACCGGACGAUUGCCGAAACCGCAUUGCAACGUGCUCAUGGCACAAUUGCGGGAUUACUUGCACACUGCAGUACCCACUCCGUUGAUGGACGUCGGAGUAGAGGUUGUCGACCUUCACGCCUACAUUGCGAAGAUCGACCGCGAGUUCAAGACGCAACGGUACGACGACAUCAACGCAGCAUUGUUAUACGUACACAUUCAGAUCGGAAAAGCGACCUGCAGUGCCUUGAUCGAUUGCGGAGCUACUCGCAACUACAUCAGUCAGGACUUCAUGGUGCGCGACGGCCUUGGCCCACGCGUCCGGAGGAAGACCCAGCCUACGCAAGUCACGUUGGCAGACGGUCAUACGCACAAGUCCAUCGACCGGUGCAUUGACGCCGUCCCCGUGUACUUUGCCCCUCACGCAAGUGAGGCGGUAUCCUUCGACAUUCUAGACACCAAAUUCGACAUGAUCUUGGGCAUGUCAUGGCUGCGAAGCAAGGAUCACCCUGUGAACUUCUUCAACCGCACCGUUCACAUUUGUGAUCGGAAUGGAGUAUUAGUUAUAUGCACGGUGCCUCUUCCUUAUCCUUCGAUCCGCUGCCACGUGGUAUCCGCCGCAAGCAUGCGAGCUUCCAUCAUCAAGGACGACAUCGAGGAGAUGGGGGUGUGUUUUCUCCACGCCCUCCCGCCCCGAGACGCUUCAUCGACGGACUCAUCUUCGGAUCCACGCAUCACCGAACUUCUCGGUGCCUACAGCGACGUGUUCGAAGGCCCGCACGGAGUAGUACCGGAUCGACCCAUCCGCCACGAGAUCAUCCUCGAGGACGGGGCCGUACCUCCGCGCGGUUGCAUCUACCGAAUGAGCGAGGAAAGGUUAAGUGUGCUUCGGGCACAACUCGACGACCUUCUGCAGAAAGGCUGGAUUCGGCCUAGCUCAUCGCCAUACGAUGCCCCUGUUCUCUUCGUCCGCAAGAAGAACAAGGACCUGCGGUUGUGCAUCGAUUAUCGCAAGCUCAGCGAGCAGACGAUGAGGAAUGCCGACCCUCUCCCACGCAUCGACGAUCUUCUCGAGCGACUGGGCGGCGCCAAGUUUUUCUCCAAGCCGGACCUCAACCGGAGUUUGGAGGAGCAUGUGGAACACCUGCGCACCGUUUUGGAGCGGCUACGACAGGCCAAGUACAAAGCCAACCGCGACAAGUGUGAAUUCGCGCGGCAGGAGCUGGAGUACUUGGGCCAUUAUGUGACGCUGCAAGGCAUCCUUUGCCGACGCAGCAAGCCCCGCAACCGCAAUCCCUACGACGAGUUACACCCGAUGCCUAUCCCACGGGAACCCGGUCUCUCCAUUGCCAUGGACGUCACCGGUCCGUUUCCUCGCRACCGGCUCGGGCACGACGACAUCCUCACGGUUGUGGACCGAUUGAGUAAGUACGCUCGUUUUCUCCCUUGCAAGUACUACUCCACGGCUCCCAAGCUGGCACGCCUCCUGCACACUGGUUGGAUUUGUGGCCACGGUGUACCAGAAGACAUUGUCAGCGACCGAGACACUCGUUUCAUGUCGGCGUUUUGGACUGCUCUCAUGCAGGAGUCCGGCACAACAAUGAAACCAAGUUCGGCUCGACAUCCUCAGACAGACGGGCAGACGGAGCGCGCACAUCAAACCGCUCAAAUGAUGCUUCGUACGCUCAUCCGUYCGGACCAGAAAGAUUGGGUUGACCGCCUCCCCGACAUCGAGUUUGCCUACAACACUUCGGUGCACCCGGCGAUCGGUGUGACUCCAUUCGAGUUGCACCACGGUGGACGGAAAGGCCGUAUCUUCGCCGACCUUCUCCUCCCUCGACCAUCCGACAUUGACGUUGCUUGCUCUCCCGCAUCCGUCCGGAAGUACAGGGAAUUGCUCACUCAAGCCCGCGCGAACAUGCAAAAGGCUCAAGUCCGCAUGCAGCAGCAAGCAAACAGGCGUCGCGUACCAUGUCCCAUCCGCGCCGGUGAUCUGGUUUGGGUCUCCGCGGAAGAGUUUGCACUGGAACAGGACGUUUCACGCAAACUGCUUCCCAAGUGGUUUGGACCUUGGUCUGUGACAGCAGCCACGGGCGAUGAGCCCGAUGACCCUUCAUUUGUGAUCAACAUUCUAGAGCAUCUGACGGUCCAUCCGGUCUUCCACGCCUCGAAGCUGGCAACAUACACGCCAGCCAAGAGCGACGACUUUCCGGACCGACGAUCGCAAGACCCUCCUUCUAUGGAUGGCCAUCAGGAAGUUGACCGCGUCAUCUCCGAUCGCAAGUACGGCAACAAGCCGCGGCAGUACAAAGUCGCAUUCAAAGCAUGCGAUCGCGACGACACUCGGUGGAUUUCAGGCACAGAUUUGAAAGCAUCCGCAUUGCUGAUCUACGCGCAUUAUGAAAAGCGGAGGUUAGCUCAGGAAGCUUCACGACCAGCCCCUCCCACCCGGACUGUGGUCCCUCCCUCAGACAGAUAGCUUCGCCCUCGCAGGUAAGCUCGGUUCUUCAAGGAGGGGGGGGUGUGGCAUACUGCGUAGCCACACGGGCCCUGCAGNGUCCGGA